AUGAUGGUGCCUGCUCAUAUCCUCGAGAUUCCGAGGCCCAAGACAUUUCUUCAGAAAAUGUCGCUGCGCACCGGAGCUGAAAUCAUUACCUUCCUCCAAGUCAUCAACAAAGCAUCGGGCGUCUACGGCCUCCUGGCGCUCCUCACCGGGGCCAAAAUCGAUGGCUGGCAACUGUCCAUGUACCUGUACUCGACGUUUGCGCUGCUCGCGACAACAUAUCUCUACAAGCACAUCCGGUUACAGAGUCCCUUUGAGUCUGUCUUGCUUGCGCAUCUGUACGCGCUCGACUCGGUCAUCAACGCGCUCUACACAGCCUUCUUCGGCAUUGCUUGGUUCUACGCGCUUGCCGCGCACCCGGACGAAAAUGCCGGACUAUCGCCUGGAAUGAAGGACAACGCGGGCUUCACCAGCCCCAAGCACAAUGUGUCAGAAGUCGACAUUAUUGCCGAGCCAAACAAGGGCAUGCAAGCCGGUCAACACGCCAUCGCAGUCGGACAAGGCAGCGAGGGCGGUGCAGGUCUUGGCAACGCCGUCUUCCAGAGCGGCAGCAUCAUGAGCAUCUCUCUCAUCUCUGGUUUCUGGGCUCUGCGCGUCUACUUUGUCUUCAUCAUGCUGGCUUUUGCGCGCCAGUGCCUCCGUCAACACAUGGCCGCCAAGGCUUCGUCUGGUGCGUGGUACAACUCCAACGACAUGCAAACGUCUGCGAAUGACCUUGCCGAGAACCCGUUUGCAGAAGACAAGGAAGAGGGUCAAGGCUGGAAAGGCCAGGUUGGUCGGGCUAUGCUUAGCGGUGCACCCAAGUACUGGCUCGGUGCCGAUGAGGGCGAGGACUGGAUGCGUGGGGUUGGUGGCAGGUUCAGGAAGCCCACCCAACUCGAUCAGCCUGCGGGCUUCAACGAGCGAGAGAGGAGACGUAGGUCCGGGACGGGCCCGCCAGUGCCGCAGCUAAAGAUGUUGAACCCCGAGUUGCCCAAGUAG